GUCGUAUUGAAAGUGAGAUUUACGAUGUCAGAGACAAGGAAGUGAUAAGAUUCGUGGAUGGAGACCAUGGCGGACUGUAGGUGUGUGCAGGUGUUUAUGUUCUGUGUCUUUACACAAAUAUUCCUUCAGUGUGUUGCCCAGAACACACACAUGAAAAAUGUGGCACAAAACAAACCAUGUGGCAUAAGCACCAUGUACAGUACCUCUAACAACUGCUCAGCAGCUUUAAAUGGAAACACAAACACUAUUUACGACGAAAAUCUACCCAACUGUAUCCACACGGAGGAGAACGACACGUCACCUUUCUGGUGGGUGGACCUGGGACAGAAGGUCACCAUCAGCAUGAUCACCAUCUACGGACGGAAAGGCUAUAUAGAUAGAAUGCGUUGUGUUAACGUAUCUGUCGAUGGAGUUGUCAUCGAAAGAUUCACAGAUGUGAGUGGUUGGACCAACGAUACAUACACCAUCCCUGUGCUUCGUAGUGGGCAAGGGGUCAAAGUCACUAAAGACUGUAACAGUACCGGACCUGCGAUCAACAUCUGUGAGGUACAGGUGUGGGAAUGUAUUGAUGGUUAUUAUGGAACCAACUGCUCACAGACCUGUGGAAAGUGUGACAAAAAGUCUGCCUGUAACAAGACGACAGGCUGGUGUACAUCAUGUCAAACAGGAUUCAACUCUCCUCUCUGUAAUGAAUGUGUUGACGGUAGGUAUGGAACCGACUGCUCAAAGACCUGUGGAAACUGCAUCACUAGUUCUGAUUGUAACAAGACUACAGGCAUGUGUACAUCAUGUAAAACAGGAUUCAACAUUCCACACUGCAAAGAAUGUGUUGACGGUAGGUAUGGAGCUGACUGCUCACAAACCUGUGGAAACUGUAUCAUUGCUUCUGAUUGUAACAAGACCACAGGCUGGUGUACAUCGUGUAAAACAGGAUUCAGCCUACCAUACUGUACAGAAUGUGAGAAAGGUUGGUAUGGAAAGAAUUGUACUGAAAAGUGUGGACAUUGUGAGGGAGGUAACUCUACCUGUGACAAGGUAACCGGAAGUUGUACCUCCUGUAGCGGGGCAUUCAAACCACAUCUGUGUAAAGAGAAAUGUGACAGUGGUUGGUAUGGAACCAAUUGUGCUGAAACGUGUGGACAUUGUGUGGGAGGUAACUCUACCUGUGACAAGAUCAACGGAAGUUGUCCCUCCUGUGAGGGGGCAUUUCUUCCGCCUCUGUGUAAAUACAAAUGUGGUACUGGAUACUACGGUGAUAACUGCAAUCAGACAUGUGGACAUUGUGUUUUCAACACCACGUGUGAUCCUGAUAAUGGCACGUGUUCAUCUGGCUGCUCAGAGGGCUACAAGGAGGGUCUGUGUGUUGAAUGCAGAACUGGACACUACGGUGAGAACUGCUCCCAGCUGUGUGGACAUUGUCGUCAGGACACCACGUGUGAUCCUGAUAACGGCACUGCCUUGAUGGCUGCUUACUGGGCUUCAAACCUGGUCUUUGUACUGAAUGUGAUUCUAGAUUUUACGGUGAGAACUGCGAUGUCACGUGUGGAUACUGUCUUGUCAACACCACCUGUGAUCCUGUUAACGGUACCUGCCUUUCAGGAUGUUCAGAUGGCUACAGAGGAAAUCUUUGUAAGGAGGCGAUGACAUCAAGUUCCACGGAAUCCAGCGAAGUCGGUGCAAUCAUUGGUGGUGUGUUGGCGGUUAUUGUUGCUGCAGUCGUUGUAGUGAUCGUCUUUAUGUGGUUAAGGCGAAGACAAAGAAAG